CGGAGAUCGUCUUUGGAGCUGCUUUUGAUGCUCCAUAAUUUCCUUUUCAUAGUAUAUCAGUUUACAGCCCAUCUUCUGUUUACAUACCGUGUGGUAUAUUAUAAAGUUUGUGAGUCAGAACAGUGCGCUGAUGUCAAAGGCUGUGGCUCGCCUGUUUGUUCUGCGGUGUUUCUUUUGUUUCACUCCAGUGUGCCUCUCUGUGCCAGAACAUGAUGUCUAUCAUGGCUCCUGCCGCCGACAAAAAGCUGACAGGACUUGUUGCAGCCACAUUCACUCCGAUCACCAGUGAAGGUGAAAUCAACCUAUCAGUGAUUGGACCUUAUAUUGACUACUUGAAAGAGAAGCAAGGUGUAAAUAAAGUGUUUGUGAAUGGCACCACGGGCGAGAGCAUGUCUCUCAGUGUGGAAGAGAGGAAGCUCCUGGCUGAGGAGUGGUGUCGAAAAGCAAAGGGCAAGAUGGACCAGGUGAUUGUUCAUGUUGGCUGCCUGAGUCUUAAAGACACCCAAGAACUGGCUCACCAUGCAGCACAGAUUGAGGCCGAUGGCAUAGCAGUCAUUGCUCCAUCCUUCUUCAAGCCCAGCAGUGCAGAUGUUUUGAGGACCUUUCUCCAGGAAGUGGCUUCAGCUGCUCCAACUCUGCCCUUCUAUUAUUAUCAUGUCCCAUCAGUCACUGGGGUUAACGUGAAAGUGAGAGAACUAAUAGAAGGUAUUGAGAAGGUCAUCCCUUCCUUUAGAGGAAUCAAGUUCACUGAGAGUGACCUGAUGGACUUGGGCCAGUGUAUCAGUUACAGUCAGCCUCACUGGUCAGUCCUCUAUGGCGUGGACGAGCAACUUCUAGGAGCUUUGGCAAUGGGAGCCCAUGGAGCAGUUGGCAGCACAUAUAAUUACGUAGGAUGUCACGUCAACAAGCUCAUAUCAGCGUUCGAGACCGGCGACCUCGUCCAAGCCAGGACGAUACAGUUCAAGAUUCAGGAGCUUCUGAGUUUUGCCAUAAAACUUGGUUUUGAUGUGGGAGUAAACAAACAGUUGAUGAACGAGCUGUCGGGCUUGGAUCUGGGACCCCCUCGUCUCCCGGUGAUGACAUGUCCAGCUGCUCGUGCUCUGGCCAUCAAACAGAAAUACGACAGCAUCUUUCCUGAAUAACGAUAUGUCAAUGCUUGAACAUCCCUCAUUCCAGUAAUAGAUUACACAGACUCUCACCAUAGAUUUACUCCAUAUUGUUAGGUCUUUACCCGACUAUGUUAAGUGUCCUCAUCAAUUAACUGUGAAUAUGGCAAUAUACAGGACUGUGCAAAAGUUUUGAGUCACCCUUCAUUUCUUUAUAUUUUGCUUCCAAGGAGCCAGACUUUCUUGUUCUUGUUCUUGUUCUUUCUUGUUCUCGAGGCUUUCAGAAAGCUGCUUCUUCACUCACUUUCGGUCCAGUCCUUGUACCCAAGCAUUUUCAGAGGAAUGUGAAUGAUUCAAGUAUGAAAAUGUUCCUAACUCAGGGAAUGAACCAGCGAUGUGUCUGCACAUAACAGAAAACUUAGCAGAAAAUAAAUGUUAAGUUAAAUCUUUAGGCACAUAAUUUGUUCCCAUUUGUUCACCUGAAUCUAUGAAAAAUCUCAAAGAUAAUGACAAUUAGACACAGAAUAUUAUUUUGCACCAAGAAGAUGAUUUCCAAAGAGCUAUUAGCCAAAAAAAUCCUGGCAUAUUUUAGCACGAUGUGCAGUGUGUCGUUAAAAAUCUGAGCAAAGUGGACAGAAGAAGAAGUCCCAUCGGCUGCAGAUGAAGAGUAUCUGAAAGUUAUGUCCUUAAAAAAAACAUGAAAUACUCCAGAAAAGACCUGACACAGAACCUGAGAGAUGAUCUGGAUCUCCAGCUGAUCUCUACCUUAUUAGUCUCAGUGGAAGGGCGACUAUCAGGAACCCGUGCUUAAUGAAGGGAAACAAGGGUAUGGCUGAGGUAUGAAAACUACACAAGAACUGGACUGAAAAUCAGUGUAAACAGGUCUGAUCGAGUGAAGAAUCCAAAUUUGAAAGUUUAGUUCAUUAUUUUAUCAAUAUGUACAGAGGUACAGCAGCGAGAUGGUGCUCUGUCAUGUCUGUGAA